AUGGCCUCCGCAAAGAAGACCACAGCCAACAAGGCUGCGAAUCGGCCUUGCCCGCCUAAUCUUGGUCCGCCAGACGCCAAUUUAGUAGCAACCGGGACCAAUGGAAGCAAGAAAAUGUCAUCUGACAAGAAGAUCACUAAAGCUCACUCCAAUACGGGUAAAAUCUUUCGAUAUGCCUGGCAGAAGCAUAACCCGAGUUCUGGUCCCGAUCCACGCCCAAAGCAUGUUCGACGCUACGACCAGUCUGCGUACUUGAAGCUCAAGGAUCGUUUCAAGAAUAAUAUGGCCGACUAUCAAGAUCAAGAGGAUGCCGACGAAGAUGGGCACUCUGGUUCAGAUAGUGACUUUAAGAUCGCGGAUGAUGGCGAGGAUGAGGACGGCGACGAGAAUGACAAUUACAACAUAAAGUCUACUACCGCCUCAAAUGUUAAGGCAACCGCUAGUAGCAAGGUCAAGGCGAAGAAGCCAAAGGAAAGAGCUCCUGAUCCCAAUGGUAGAGUCGUGGGUCGUGAUUUGAUCCCAUGGAACCGAGUACGCAUGGCUGAGAAAUUGAUCCUGCAUCUGCAGUUCGAAUGCCAUCGCGCAGGAAUCCUGCUCCCUUGGGACGCUGCAGUCAAGCGCCUCCACCCGGGCUCAAAAGGAAACGCUGCCCUCCAGCACCUUCUGAAGCUGCGUGAUAUCCUCAUAACCGAAGGUCAUCUGGUACCACCGUUACUUGGUAAGAGAACUGUUGACUUGGACCCGGAAGUUCGUGGUUAUAUCCGCAACAUGAUGGGUAAUGCACCUACUGAUGUUCGCGUCGUGAACUGGGGUGAGAAUAUUGUUGAUCGCAAGGUCAAUAUCUUCAACCCGGAUAUUAUUCGCGGUUCAGGAAAUUAUCCUCGUACGAAAAAGGUGAUGAGGCCUAGCCAGUUCACCAAGGGUAAUAAUACCAACGGCAAGGUUCAACUCCUUGUGACGUUCAACCUCUCUCGUGCGGCCCUCAAGAAGUUUCCGGCGGGUACUGGCGACGUCGUCCAAGAUGUCAGCGAUACCGAUGCCGUCCAAAAUAUGGGUGAUCGUAAUGGUGGCUAUUACACUCAUGGUGAGAACUAUGAUGAGCAUGGUAGCAGUGAUGCCAUGGAGGAAGAGUUCUUUGAAGACGAUAACGCCAUGGCGGAAGAACACUUUGAUGACGAGGCUGCCACUGAGGUCAACAGUUAUAAGCCUGUGCAUUGGACAAUGGGUCAUUAUGCAGCCACCGGUGCCAAUUCCAUGGUUUCGUAUGAAAACAGUGAUGCGAUGUCAUUUGAAGCCCCUGCGGAGCAUCUGGGCAGCGACAUUGGAUUGAUGACUGACGAUUUCAAGUCCACUGCCCUCGAAUCAGAUGGUGCGUUUGAAAAUAACGAUUUCCCUGCCUCUGGUAGCUCUGACAACCAAUUGGACAUGCUGUACAGUCCUUACGAUACCGGUGAGGUGGCAUCCAAGAAUAUGACACCUGACUUGAGCCAGAUCUCUGAUGCGACCACUUUGUCUUCUAGUCGAAUUGUCGAUCUGAGUGAGAUUGGCUUCGGAUUUGUGAUUGCUACCGAUCACACUGCCACUGAGCCAUAUAAUGCCGGACCAUCGCCCCUUUACUUCCCAGAGAAUUCUGCCCGUCAUCACUACUAUGAUUUCAAUCAUAGUGAUGAUAAGGAGAACCGUAAUCUUGAUGCUCAUUGGCACCAGGAUAUGCUCUAA